UCUCCUUGUGCCACUGAGCUUCUCCAAGUACCUUAGCUCCUGAUUUAUUCUUUUGUCUUUCUCUCUUUCCUAUAUCCGCAGCAUUUCAGGACCUUGACGGAAGAUAGAUUUUGGUGUCGACGCGCCUUCUGGCACAUUGACAAGGUCAAAAACACGAUUGGCCUAGCAAUUGGGUUUGACGACCAGUAUUGGAAUAUCGAAUUGGCAUUUCCGCCAAAGGACUGGACAUUGGACCUUCAGACGCAAUGGCUCCGGCAACAGUCGUAUCAGCGGAUCCUGCGCCGGCCGCUACCAAACCAACGUCUUCUACCAGCACGAAACAGGCAGCAACAACCGCUGGAUCGAGCAAUGUGUUCCACAACAGUACACUUCAAGACCCACACACUGUCGUUGCCGCUGACCGUCACCACCUCAUUCUCGCUAAUGGCCAGCGCGUGCUCGAUGCCACGGGCGGCGCGGCAGUCGCGUGUAUUGGCCAGAGCGACCAGCGCGUCAAACAGGCCAUUGCAGAGCAGUUGGAUAAAGUCCAGUACUGCCAUGCAUUGUUUUUUGGCAACACGCCGAGUGAAGAGCUCGCAAAUGAGCUGAUUGACUCGACGGGAGGGAAGAUGGCCAAGGUGUUUAUUGUUAGUUCUGGCUCGGAAGCCAUGGAGGCUGCUAUGAAAUUAACCCGGCAAUACUUUGUCGAGCUCUCCCAACCCCAACGUACGCAGUUCAUAGCACGACAUGAAUCAUAUCAUGGCAUCACGCUCGGCGCCCUCUCAAUGGGCGGACACAAGUUCCGCCGCGAGCUCUUCAAACCGAUGUUGCUCAACAACAUUUCACACGUCUCCCCAUGUAACCCAUACAGAGGGAAACACGACGGCGAGUCUGACGAGGCAUAUGUUGCGCGACUUGCGCGGGAAUUGGACGAUGAGUUUCAACGGCUCGGUCCUGAAAACGUUUGCGCCUUUGUUGCUGAGCCAGUUGUCGGUGCUGCACUCGGCUGUGUCCCCUCCGUGCCAGGAUACUUCCGCGCAGUCAAGUCCGUCUGCGACAAAUACGGCGCCUUGCUCAUCAUGGACGAGGUCAUGUGCGGGAUGGGCCGGACCGGCACCCUGCACGCCUGGCAGCAAGAGGACGGCGUCGUUCCAGAUAUCCAGACCAUCGGCAAAGGUCUCGGCGCAGGGUACAUGCCCAUUGCCGCCGUGAUGGCCAACCAGAAAGUCGUCGACGCAUUUAACAACGGGACGGGCUCGUUCCGCCACGGCCAAACAUACCAAGGCCACGCCAUCGCCUCCGCCGCCGCGCUCGCCGUCCAGCGCAUCAUCAAAUCCGACGGUCUGCUCCCGCGCGCCCAACACCUCGGAAACAUCCUCUCUUCCGUCCUCAUCGAACGUCUCGCAUCUCAUCCGUUCGUCGGCAACAUCCGUGGUCGCGGUCUCUUCUGGGGCAUCGAGUUCGUCGCAGACAAGAAGACCAAGGAACCCUUUGACCUUAAGGAGAAAAUCUCCAUGGCCGUGCAUGAUCGCGGCCUGAGCACAAAGUGGAAUAUCAGCCUCUUUCCAGGAACGGGUACCGCUGACGGAUACAAGGGCGAUCAUAUCCUCCUGGCACCGCCGUAUACGCUGACCGAUGAGGAAAUGCUGGAUCUAGUGCACCGCGCGGUAGGUGUUGUCGAAGAGGAGUUUAGAGAACGGGGUCUAGUUUAGUUUUCUUUGUGUGUUUUCUGUUUUCUAUUUUUUCUUU